UCAGCAACUAUUUCAGAAGAUGUCAGCGAUUGUAGAUCACUUGAAUAAGUUGCGUGAGGAGAGAUUGGCCCGUGAAAAGGCGAGGAUAGAAAAGUUACGAGAACUGAAUUUGAAGAAAUACAACAAAAAUGAUCCUACACUAAAGAACUCAAUAUCUAAUAAAUCUAUCGCAAACAAAUCUAAAUCUGACCAAGCAAUCAAUAACACCAAAGCAAAUAAUUUAAAUAAAAAUAAUGUACAUAUGAAUGGUAUUAAAAGACCAAAUACUACUUCUAUUGCUAAUAAAACAACCAUCACAGAAAAUAAUCACAAACCUAAAUUACAACCCAUUAUGGCACAUAUGAAAACAGGCAAUUAUAUUAAAAAUAAUAUAAAGCCAACUAAUCCCACAAAGAAUCAUGAAUUCAAACCUAAUGUUGUUGAGAAAAACCUUAUAAAAUUGCAUACUACAAGUAAUAAUAAUCCAAAAACACACAACAAUAAACCAAAUAUUGAUAAAAUUGAAUCAAAUAAAGUAAAGACAAAUUAUUCUAUAUUGAACAGAAAAAGUGUUGCACCCAAAAAUGCUAUUAAACCAGCACUACCUAAAACAAGUAUGCAACCAUUGAAAUCGCAUCAAAGUGCCACAGAAAUUCAGACAAACAGGGAAUCAGUAUUUGACCGUUUAUACAAACCCAAAGUGGUAGCAAAGAAACCAGUUGAUGAAGUUAAGAGACUCCAAACUGAUGUAAAUUACCAGAAAAAACUAUUAAGGGACUCUGGAUUGAUUGUCAAUAAAAGACAUACAGUUUUUGAUGUUAAAACCAAAGUACAACCACCAGUGAGGCGAUCAAUAUCUGCUGUGCAUUUUAAAAGAAUAAGAAAGAGUGAAAUUAACAAUUGCAUUCAUAAAUGGUCUUCAAUUGGUGAAAAACUUAACAGUAUACAUGUAAAGGAAGUCAAUGAAGAUGAUACUGUUAAGGAAGACAAAGUCGUAUCUGCUAUUAAGAGCGAAAGGAAGAAAGUGAAAUUCCAAACUCCUGUACCAUUUAACUUUAAUACACCAAAACCGGAAGAAUUGCAGUCCAAGUUAAAAAGUUGGUUGCAAAAACGAGGAAAGAGUUUAGAGUCUUACCAUCAUUUGCAGUGUUUUGGUAUUCAUCAUUUAGCAGAGAAGUCUAUGAAACCAUUUCAAGAGCCACCUAAAUUUGAUCUUUAUGACGAUGAGAAUAAGGAAAAUAUUGAAUUAGACUCUGAUAGCGAUGAUGACUCCUACACGGAGAAUAUGAAUGAACCAAAAGUAGAUUUAUGCAAUGGUCUUAAGAGUGACAUUGCUAUGGAUAUGUGGAGAAGAGCAAGCUAUGUAAGUGAUAGUGCUGACUUAAAUGAGACUCAGGAUACAACAAUGACUUCAGGAGAAGUGAUGAAUGUGCAUCAUGUUGAUGAAGUACUACUAGGAGUGUUGAAUGAUCUCAAUGAGCUAUUGCGUGAGGGUUUCGACUGGGAGCAAUGUGCGAGGUGGCUUCGCGUCGUCCGCGAGCGUUUCUCAUCUGCCUGCGAGACUGCUGCAUAUUGGGAGUGUAGAGCUGCACUGGAGGACCGCAGAGGAGACUUGCCUGCUUCGGUCCAGUGCUGGGAGGAGGCUAUUGCUAAGGGUACAGAGUGCUCAGUAGUUGAAGCCAACCUUGACAACCUAUUAGACAAGUUCAUGCAACUCAAGAUCAGCCCCAACAGCAGCAAAAAGAAGCUAGUCGACCCAAAGAUGUUGGAUGUGAAGAAUGUCUUCAAGAGUACUAUCAUACGGUUUGCUGUGCAGCAGGCCAAAUUAAAGAAGUCAAACAUAAGCGAUACACCCAAAUAUACUGUGACGCCGGUCCGUCGGAGCGCCCGCCUCAGCACCCACUGGAGUGCCAAACGGACGCCGCUGCAGAUCUGUACCACCAUACAUCAGGCUGGUCAGAUGGUACAGCCAAUACAAUUCGUUCCCAAUGAACAGUUAAUUGGGACACCCUAGUUGCAUUUCAGAAUUAUAGUUGCUAAACUAUAUUUUAUAUCACCCUAUAUUUUCGCCACCCUAUCAUACACGUGUAUAUUUGUAAGGGACUUAAGAGGGUUUCAUCCAUUGACGGUAAAUCUAACGACAUUAUAUAAGAUUAUUUUAUUAUAGGUAAUUAAUAUAAUUGUGUAGUAUUGAAAUCUAUACAUAUAAAUAAAAUUGGAGUGUCUGUUUGUAAUAUUGAAAUAACCGUUUUUUACUACAUGCAUAUGAAU